GCUCUGUUCUUCGCAUGUACACGCUACAGUAAACGUAACCUUAAAUCUAUGGUUUGAACACAAAGUCUGUGGCUUCGAAUACAAACGAUAGUAAACGUGGGUGAUCAAACUCAACGGGGGCCAAUUUUAAUUUCCAUGUGAUGUUUAAAAAAACCUUCAUGACCGGAUAUCAUUGGAUUACAAGUGUGAGGAAAACGAGAAAAGAUUUUAUUCGUUUAAGGCAUCAUAAUGCCACAGCUGUAUAAUCGACAAGUCAUAGGUCAAACCGAUGAGAUACCAUUUUGCAGACUUCAACGUUACAGUCGAUGUCAUGUUCUUUGGCGAAACAUCGACUACCUCUCUGUCAUUUGUCUUUACAUCCUGCUGAGCUCCAUUAUAUAAUUUCAUCACAAUCAAUCCACACUUCGCUAUCGGUCCAGUCGGCUGUCCGCACCUUGAGCAAAAAUUUUCACAAAUGGCACGAACGAAUUUGAAAAGACGACAUUCUGAUUUGCCGCAAUUCGAAUCAGUUGUUAGAAUUUCCAGUCUUCCUAUCAUAGAAAACGGUAUACACAUAGCUGGCAAUGUGUACGAUAGAAUAAAGCGUUCGAAUUCAUUGAUGGGUUGGAGUUUGUAUACUGCUGAACAGUCAUUUGCGAUCGCAACAGCGUCAGCAAAACCCGCGAUUCAUGCAUUAAAUGGACCUAUUACAACGAUCGAUCAAUUGCUCUGUAAGGGUAUAGAUAUCGUUGAGCAAAGAGUGCCAGCAGUUCAUCUUCCGCCACAUCUUAUGUAUUGCAAUGCACGAGAAUACGUGAACAAUAAAAUCGUCAGGCCUGUUCUGAUGCGUGCCGGAAGUGUGAAGAUAAUAGGAAGCCAAGCUGCGGAUGUUGCAGUAGACACAUUAGAUGGUGCUUUAAGUGUUGCGGACAAAUAUGUUGAUCAUUAUUUGCCUGCUGAUGUUACCGACGGUAUAGAUGAAGUUGCUUCUCCAGAAUCGGUAAGUAAGACCAAACGAACUAUCAAUCACGGUGCCAGACUAUCUAGGAAAUUACAGAAACGACUAACACGUCGCACGCUAGCUGAAGCUCGAGCACUUAAGGAACAAGGAACGGAAUGCAUUCAUAUACUUUUGUACGUUAUAGAAUUGUUAGCAACGGAUCCAAUAUUAGCGUUCCAAAAAGCCAAAAAGCUGUGGGGAACUUUAAGUCUGCCCGAGCCGGAGAAUCAAGCUCGGCCAACCACUGUAGAGCAAUUAUUGGUUCUUCUAACACGUGAAUCUGCACGUCGUAUUGUACAUUUGGUGAAUGGAACAGCAGCGUUAGCAGCCAAAACUCCUCGCAAUCUUGGCAGACUUCUCAAUAGAGUUUCAAAUCAAUUGCAUGUAGUUGCAAAUGUUACAUUAAACAUAAUGCCAAUCAUCAUUCAAAAAAAUGCAACGAAGAAACAUAUUUCAGCUGUACGUUUAGCUAUACAAAGGCUCAAUUCAAUUACGAAUCAUUUAUUGGAGCAGUUUGCAGCUUUUCUAGCUGGUCGUCCAAGCGUUUCAAAAGUAACACACGUCCAGACUCAUCAGCAAAACCACAAUAACCACAGGUCGAUGUCUUCCAAUCCGCCAGUAAAUGGUAUCGAAUAACGAAGUUAUGUUUAAAAGUUAUUCCGCGUGAAUUUCAUCCAUAAUAAUUCUUUUGUUUUCAAAGUUGAUAAAUAUUGGGAAUAUUCCAGAUUGAAAUUUUCUCAUAUAAAUAAUGUCGAUUCCACCGAAGUACAUAAUAAUAUUAUUAGUUGCGAAUCUUUAUACUCCUACGCUCAGAUAAGCAAUUAAUAUACUUCUUUUAUCUAAAAGACACAUUAUAUCCGUGUCAUUCUUAGAAUUUUUAAUUCUUAGAUAUACUUAAUUAUCUUCAUGUUUAUUACAAAAUAUUAUGAUUAUAGAGAUAAGAAACUUUAAAAAUAAACUUUAUAAUAAACUUUAUAAUAAUUUCAUAGCCAGUAUAUAGUAUAUUAAAAAGAUUUACAAGUUUUCAUUUUUUUUUGCGUUUUUUUUAAUGCAUUUAUGCGUGUAUAUAUUUUAAACAAUUAUUUCGAUUAUUAAUUAUUCAUCUGAUAUUAUAUAUCUGCUUUAUUUUUGAAAAAUGUUCAUUAGAAAAAAGCACAUAGAGAUAUUGUAAUAAAUUUUAUUUUUAAAAUUAUUCAAGAAAAUGUUGUUAAAGAAAGUAAUAAAGAAUUAUAUGUAUUAAAUAAGCAAAUUUAGAUAAUUUAAAAUACUAUAUUACUUUGAACUUAAUUAUUAUUUCCAUUAUCAAAGCUGGACGAAUUAGAUUUUGUAAUAAAUACAUUUUAAUGUUCUAAUUAAUAAGACAAAUAAGAAAAAUUAAUUCAUUUAAUAUUUUUGACUUGAGAAAGUACAUGAAAUUAUAAAAUAGAUUUUGUUUGAUGUUUCUAUAUAUCUGUUUUUGUAAGAAUAUUAUUUAUUCUUCAGAUAUGGCUUGAAUUCUUAUUUCUUAAAUCUAUAUUUAAUUUAAAAUAUCAAAAAUACUACCAAUAAUUAUAUUUCAACAGUAUUUCAAUUAAAUAGAAAUAAAUCUUUAUAUCUAUAAAUCAAUUCAUUGAUUUGAAUUCUAUUGAUUUCAAAAUAGAAAUAUAAUAGCAUAGAUGCAUUGAUAUCAAUUAAAAUAGAAUAGAAAUAGAACAAAAAUAAAAAGAGGUAUAUAUUAGUUUUAUUUUAUGUACUUGGAUACUUGUAAUAUAUUUAUACUUUUUUCUUUUUCUUUUAUUAAAAACGGAAAAAAAAAUAAAAAUAUUCAAAAUAUGUAAGUAGUAAUGUAGAAACUUUUAGAAAUAAUGUUUAACACAUUGCUUUCUUUAUUCAUUAUAUAUACUUCUAAUUUUAACAAUAAAUUAAUCAUGUAAUUAAUCUAAUUAACUUCUUGUUUUACAAUAAAGAAUAUUAUAUAUAAUGUUA